AUGGACGUCGAUUCGCGAGCAGAACAACAAUCAGAUGUUUUCUUCCAGGUAUGGUUACGAAACCUACUCGAGAAUUCUCCAGAACAGCUCGCCGCCAAACUUGCUUGCAUGCACUACCCUGGAACCCCUACAACAGGCAAGCAGCUCUCAAAGGGUGCAUUCAACGUCUGCUAUCUAAUCACCUUCGAAGACGAAAGCCGAAUCGUGGUUCGCUUCACUGCCAUUGGCCGUGUGACGGCUCGCGCCGAGAAGGUCGAAGAUGAGGUCGCUGUGAUGGGAUAUCUUGCUCAGCACACCGCUAUUCCCAUGCCGAAGGUCUUGGGAUCGGGCAAAUGCGAUCUUGGUCCAUACAUUGUAAUGUCUUAUGUCGAUGGAAAGGCGUUGGGCGGGUAUAUCAGAGCUCGGUCGGACACUGAAUACACACUCAGGCCGGGUCUUGCCCUGUCCACCUUAAGGACAGCCUACUUUGCCAUGGCUGAAGUGCUACUGGAACUGUCGAAGCCUGAGUUCCCGUUUAUUGGGGCCGUCAGAAAGAACAGUGCUGGGGUUUGGACGGUAUCAAAGCGGCCACUCACCUACAACAUGAAUCGACUGACUCAAUGGUCCAACAUUCCACAUGGGGUAUUCGAACAGCAGCACUUCAGCAACGCGGCAGACUAUUUCGAGGAGCUUGCCCAGCAUCACUUUUACCACCUCGAGUAUCAGCGCAACGACGCGGUUGCAAAUGAAGCCGACUGCCGGAAGAAAUACAUUGCCCGCUGCCUGUUCCGCAAACUCUCCCGCGAGAUAUCCAAAGAAUAUUGCAACGGACCGUUUCGCCUCUUUUGUGAUGAUCUACGCCCCGAAAAUGUGCUCGUCGAUGCGUCAAAACUCGCCAUUGCUGGUGUGGUCGACUGGGAGUUUACCUACGCUGGCCCUGUUGAGUUUACGCAUGCUGCUCCCUGGUGGCUCUUGUUGGAGCGUCCCGAGGUCUGGGAGUCUCCUCUCAGUGAGUUUUUGGUACGGUAUAUGCCCAAGUUUCGCAUUUUUCUUGAAGUUCUUCAGGACUGCGAAGCAAGGAAGCUAAGAGAUGGGUCCCUGUCAGAAUCCCAGCGUCUGUCCUCCGCAAUGGAGAAGUCAUUAGAGACGGGACUUUUUUGGAUAUGUCUCGCCUCGCGUCAUAGCUGCAUGUUUGAUGAAAUCUUUUGGGAAUUCAUAGACUCCAAGUAUUUUGGCCCUUUUACAACAAUUGAGGAUCGGCUGUGUUUGUUGAACACGGAGGAGCGCACAAAUAUUGACAGCUUCAUUGACAGGAAAAUGGGCGAGGCGCGUGACACCAGCCUAGUUCCUCAUUAUAGUACUGACGAACUAUGCAAUAUGUAA